AUGGAUUACGAGUCCUUCUCGCCCCCCGCAAAGAGCGAGGCCCGCUGGACUGAGGAGGAGAGCUUCUGGGCAGACUCCUACUCGCGCAGGUCGCCUCCGGAGAGACGGCGAGGACGGGCCCGGUCGAGGUCGCCGGUCGGGAUAGACCGCUACCAGCCCGGCGAGCGAGACCGCGCCAGAGACGAAUACUACGGCGCAGCCAGAGAGCACGCGGCCCGCGACCGGGAGCAGCGGCGGCGGCUCCCCUCCCCCGGCGCCGCAAACAUCGACAGAUACGUGCCCGGCCAGGAGUCCAAGCCCGUCCUGCGCUCCAACCCCAUCCCCAACCCGCUCUCCCUCGACUACCAGGUCGGCUUCAACUACUACGCCGAGUGGUGGAGGACAGAGAACGCCAUCAGAGAGGAAAAGGAGCGGGCCAAGCACGGUGGUCGACGGCCGACGGACCGCGUCAGGGGGGACCGCGAGGCCAGAGAGGAGAGAGAUAAGGAGAGGGCCCAGAUACAGGCAUCGUAUGAUGCGUACAAGCAGGAUCUGCAGAUAAAGCUCGCCAGGCAGUUCGUUCAGCUGCACCGAAACGAGGAGUGGUUUCGCGAAAAGUACGUGGGCGAGGUCAGGGAUCCAUUCAAGGAGCGGCUGACGCAGUUCCGUGGCUCGGCGUAUGAGCAGUGGACUACCGAUCUGGCCUCGGGCUUGUUUGACGAGUUUACGCUCGAGGGUAUCUACAAGAGCGAGAGUGAUGGGGCUGGCGGCAUUAUUGAAAAGGAGGAAGGCGAGGCUACGGCCGUCGGUGAGACGUUGGGCGUGCUCGAUCUGGUGCCGGCGAGGGGAGGAGAGCUGCGUGACGACUCGAUACUGCAGCCUGCACUGCUGAUAAAGACGCUCGCUCCCAACGUCAGUCGAGAGAAGAUCGAAGAGUUCAGUCGAGAGCAUCUGGGGGAGGUCGACGGCGGGUUCAAGUGGCUUAGUCUGAGCGACCCAAACCCGUCGAAGAAGUACCAUCGUAUCGGAUGGAUAAUGCUGCAUCCGGCCGCGGAGUCGCAGGACGGCGGUGUCAUCGAGCGAGGCGACGGGCGAGACGAAGAGGGUGAAGAGAUGGACACAACCACCAACGACAACAAGCCAACGGUGUCCGCGGCUGAAAAGGCGCUGGAUGCAGUCAAUGGCAAGACCAUACAGGACUCCGUCAGAGGUGACUUUGUCUGUCACGUCGGCGUGCAUGUGCCGCCUACAAACCCGCGCAAGAAGGCUCUCUGGGACCUCUUCUCUGCCCCCGAACGUAUCGAGCGAGACCUGGAGCUGGCCAGACGCAUAGUCUCCAAGUUCGACAGUUCCAUGGACGGGGCAGACGGCAUGACCAGGAUCGAUGAACGGGUUGAAGACCUUCGUGGUAAAGGUUGGCUGCAACCGCCCGUCACGGGUCCAGUCAAGGUGAAGAACCGACGCUUCGACGCCGAGUCAGACAUGAUCCUGCUGGACGAAGGGGAGGCCGAGGGGGAAGGCGAAGGGGAAGUCGAAGAAGGCGAAGGCGAAGGCGAAGGCGAAGACGAAGCAGACACGGAAGACCUGCUGGUCAAGAAGAAAACCCUCGAUCUGACAGUCGAAUACCUUCGCCGCGUCUACAAUUUCUGCCUAUACUGCGUCUUCGAGUCCGAUUCCGUCCACGAACUCGUCCGAAAGUGUCCGGGCGGUCACCUCCGUCGUCCACGCUCAGGUCUAUCAAGCCACGCCAAAGCAGCCGCUCGUGCCAGCGCAGUCGGAAACCCAUACCCUGCCAAAAAGAAGGAGAGCGGCGAGGAGGAAGAAGGCGAGGCUUCUCCGGUGGUAGAAGAGAAGAAACCAACUCGCUUUGCAUCCAAGAGCGAACAGCAGAUCUACCGCGCCUUUAACUGGGUGAAGACGUUUGAAGAUAAGUUGAUGCAGAUCCUUGAGCCGGAGGAUGUCGACUUGAAGAAGUUGGGCGGUAAGCCUGUUGACGAGGCUGUGGAGGAAGAGCUGGCUCGAUUCGUCAAGCAGGAGGAUGAAUCGAAGUUUCGAUGCAAGGUUCCUGAAUGCACGAAGCUCUUCAAGGCGCAGAACUUCUGGCGCAAGCAUGUCAAGAAGCGUCAUGAGGAGUGGUUCGCUGAGAUCCAAAAUGAGCUCGCCCUCGUCAACGCCUACGCGCUUGAUCCCGCACACAUCUCUCCAACCCGCUCCGACGCAGCGAGCAACGGCCACUUCCCCUUCCCACCCGGCCACAUACCCGCCGGCACCCCCCGCGGCUUCAACUACGCAAACAUGUCCUUCGGCAUGUCCUCCGGCCCCAACUCAAACGGCUUCAACGGCAUGCCGCCCGUCCCCGCCGGCGGCCCCGGCGUCCUAAACGGCUCCUACAACAUCCUCUCCGAUCCAUCAGGAAUGCACCACCCCGGCGUCAUCCGCCGAGGAGGAGGCCGCUACUCUAACAGAUCAGGCCCCUACGACCGUCGCACAGGCGGCAGAUACACCGGCCCAAUGGGCGCCGGUACUUCCGGCCGUCUUUCCCCGGGCAGAUCAAUGUUCGGUCGUGUCUCCAUGCCCGGCGGAGGAGCAUAUAUACCCGCCGGCCACCCGGCUGCUAUCAUGGGAGGCGCCGGGUUCGGUCCUGCCGGUCAACGAUGGGACGGCACUGGCACGCAAGCGAUGGGACCCAAGGAGGCGGUGCAGGGAAGAAGUCUGAAGAGUUACGAGGAUCUGGACGCUGUUGGUGGUGCUGGGGGAGGGGAGUUGAAUUAUUAG